AUGUCUCGCCCUCUUCUAGAAAGAAUGCAACGCUUUGUUGAAUUCAUCAAUUCAGGCGAUGAAACCCUGGGACAGGCCGUGGUUUCUGAAUCAGCCGUAUUCCACGUUCCAUUUUCAGAUACCCCUCUCAAAGGAUUGCCUGGGUACAUGCAGAUUCUCGGCAUGAUGCGCUCCGCCUAUCCAGAUAUCCAGUGGACACUUGAUGAUACAGUCAUCGAGGACGAUAGAGUUGUAGCGCAGUUUACUUUGCGUGGAACUCACGAAGGUGAAUUCUUUGGCGUCCCAGCUUCUGGAAAGACAAUCCAGGCACGAGCGAUGAACAUAUAUCGCUUUAAAGAUGGGAAAAUAGUGGAGGAGACCGGAAUGCCUGACAUUUUCGGGAUAAUGUUACAAAUCGGGGCUGUGAAACCCCCAAGUGCUCAAUAG